AUGUCAUCGUGGGAUGCACCUUUCACCCCUGCCAAGAUGCUCAUUCUAAUGGAAUUACGCAGCGUUGAAUUUGUUCGCCGGACGUACCAAGAAGAUGAGUCCUACCGUUGCGUUGGAGGGUCCCAGCCCUCUCGCUGCUCGCUGAACGCCAUUGAUCGUUCGGGCCACAACAAAUGGCACAUCAAGGUAUCCUCUAGAUGGAUGCCCGACCAGCCAAAGAAGAGAAAACCAGAGAGACGCCUGGAAUUUGAAGCUUUCAUUUCACACAUCGAUUUCGACUCCCUUCCGCCCCUCCUCCACGACACUGUUACAGAGAUAGGGUUGACACUUGUGACAAAACCGAGUCGCCCGGAUUCUCAUUCAGAAAUGCUUCCCUUAAAGACAAGACUAAGUACUCUUUUGGCUUCGGGAAACAGAUUCGCUGAAAUUGCAAGCAGACUAAGUUACACAGUUCACGAGGAUGCUUUGAGGGUGACAUACCCUCAUCUUAAGGACCUACCAGUGCCAACAAGAUGGGUGUCGGAUAUCCAGAUGAAGGAAGAAAUUCAAGAUGUAGUACCCUGGGUAUCUCGAGUUCAACUCAUAGACGACGAGAGCUGGUACAUCUACAAAGAGAUCGAUAGGCCUUUCUACUCCCUGAGAGAUAGUGUGGUACUUCAGCGAGAACUACAGAAUCUUAAGCUCUUCCGCGGUAUACCAAGCGUCGUGCAGCUAGCUGCUGUUAUUAUUUCAAAGAGUCCAUAUUCGACGACAGAUCGGGAUGAACGCCCACCUGUUAUGCGAGGCAUCCUGUUGGAUUACCAUCUGGAAGGAACAUUGGAGCGGGUGCUGAAGAGGACAAAUGGAAGCAAUCGCCCAUGGUGUGGAUGGGCGUUACAGAUUGCCGAAGCCCUUAACCAGCUACACCUUAGCAAUAAUACACAUAUGGAUCUGAAACCUUCAAACGUUAUGAUCGAUAAUGAGGAGAACGCCGUUUUAAUCGAUAUAAGUGGUAUUGGAGGGGUCACCCAUGAAUGGCUAGCGCCAGAAAUACGAGAGAUAUUGGAUCCUCUCUCUUUACCGUUUGAAAUGCGCCAGAGAAAUGAUAUCUGGGCUUACGGUCAAUUGCUAUCGGCGAUGGCGGAGCUUAGCAGCAACAACCAAGAGAAGAAGCUGAUGAAAAAUUGCGACCGAAUCUACGUUGCAUCAUUGCACAACUCAGGCCCCCCUUCCUCCAGCACGUGCCGCAAAGUAUCUCCCAUGGCUUUCAAACAUCACCCUGCCGUCCAGACUAAACAGGUGUGGUAA